AUGGCCGUCUCUGCGAUCAGGAACUGGUGGAAUACCCACCGGCUGGACAAACUGGACGCCAGUGACUCUAAGGACAACGAGGAGGAGUUUAGCGAGGAGGAGGCUGCAGGGGGAAGAAAGAUAUCUUUAAACCUAAAUCAGACUCUGCGGACCAGGCAGCUGCUCAUAGACUUUGACACCGAUCGACCUACCUUGAGACUCAGGGCACCGUUGGAGCUGGUUAACUUCCCAUCGAUCCCCCACCCCCGUUGGCCCAUAGAGUGUGAGGUUAUCAGCGACACUAUCCAUCACAUAGAGUGGGACCCCGCAGAGCCAGAGCCUUUCUACCAGCCCACAGGAUAUGAGAGGACGCCCAUGCCAGCCGAAGAGGGGAAGGGGAGAGUGGUGUACUGCACUGACCAUGCCACGAAGCGUCCCUACUUCACCUUCUCCCGCGUCGGAGGAAGCAGUGGGCCCGCUAAGAGUGCCAUGUACGAUUCCCAUGAAACAGACCUCACCCUUGAGUUUGAGUCACGCUUCGAGAGUGGGAACCUGCAGAAGGCUGUGCAAGUGGGUGUCUUUAACUACGAGCUCACCCUGUGCACGGACAUGUACACCAGAAAGCACACGCAGUGGUUUUACUUCAGGGUCAGGAACAUGAAGGCUGGAGUGACCUACCGCUUCACUGUCAUCAACAUGAUGAAGAGCAGAAGCCUGUACUCUCUGGGUAUGAGACCACUCCUCUACUCUGAGAGGGCUGCUAAGGAUGAAGGUGUUGGAUGGCAACGCACCGGCUCAAAUAUCAAAUACUACCGCAACUUCAAUCAGAAUUCAAAGGACAACAGCAGCAACCCGGUCACCCUCUACUCGCUCACCUGGACUCUCCAGUUCCCUUAUGACGCAGACACCUGCUACCUGGCCCACUGCUACCCCUACACCUAUUCACACCUGCAGAGCUACCUGAAGCGCAUUUCUUCCAACCCAGCAACUGCGUCAUACUGCACACUGCGGGUGCUGUGCCACAGCCUGGCUGGGAAUGACGUAUAUUUGCUGACAAUAACGUCCCGGGGGGUCCGGAGGUCGGAGGCCAGGACCAAGAAGAGUGUGGUGGUGACGGCCAGAGUGCACCCCGGGGAGACCAACGCGUCCUGGAUGAUGGAGGGGUUCCUAGACUUCCUGCUCGGGGACUCAGAGGAUGCUCAGCUACUCAGGGACACUUUUGUUUUUAAGGUGGUGCCGAUGCUGAAUCCAGAUGGUGUAGUAGUGGGCAAUUACCGCUGCUCUCUGGCAGGCAGGGACCUUAACAGAAAUUACAAGACGUUGCUCAAGGAUUUCUUUCCCUGUGUGUGGCACACCCGAAACAUGGUGGAACGGCUGGUGGCUGAAACGGAUGUAAUUCUUUACUGUGACUUUCACGGCCACAACCGUAAAAACAACGUCUUCAUGUACGGUUGUAACAAGAGAGGUGAUGGUUCGCUGAAGCUCCAUGAGAGAGUCUUUCCACUUAUGCUGAGCAAGAAUGCCAGUAAUAAGUUCUCCUUUAAGAGUUGUAAGUUCCGGGUGCAGAAGAGCAAAGAGGGAACGGGACGUAUCGCCAUGUGGAGACUUGGCAUCAAAAACAGCUACACUAUGGAGGCCUCCUUCGGAGGCUCCACUCUGGGCAACAGGAAAGGGACACAUUUUACAACUGGAGACCUGAAGUCCAUUGGCUUUUCCUUUUGUGACACCCUGCUGGACUACUGUGACCCUGAUCCAACAAAGGUCACUUACUGUCUGACAGAGCUGGGAGCGUUGUUGAGAAAGGAGGUCAGAGAGAGGCUGGGAAAAGAUUUGGGCACUAACUGUAACAUCUCUGUGUCUGACCUGGAAACCAGCACCAGUGGUUCAGAUAGUUCAGAUUCUGAUGGACUCCCAGUUCAUUUACUGAACCAGCUACAAGCUGCCAAUUCAGAGCAAACUCCUGUGAAGAAGAAAAAGAAACGCCUGAAGAGUCAUAAAGAGAGGAACAGGCUGCGACACGAGAAAGUGAAGAAAAACACACCGCCAAAAGUCCUACAAAGCAGCAUCAAAAACAUUGAGCCCAACCCGCCCCAUGAGAACACAGUUAAUGAGAGCAUCCAAGAGAGGCCCGUUGAAAGAUACAGGAAAAAACAUCAGGUAAAGGGCCCCACAAGACAAGCUGCGAUCCCUCCUCCCACCACUCAGCCUGGGGAGGUCAGUCAGGUGACUCUGUGGCAGGGCUGCGAGCCUGUCAAGGACCACAUUCUGGAAAACAUGAAAGCUGCAAACCAGCGUUGUAGGACAAAAGCGUGUCCACAUCACAGCAUAUACAAAGCUCUGACACCUCACACAGAUGAAAUGGGGAUGGAUGCAGGACAUUGGAGAUGCUCCUCUCAGCUGCUGUACCUGAGUGCUAUCCAUCCACCUUCACUGAACCCACAACAGCUUCACUGCCCCCGACAAUCCAUGGUCUCCAAUAAAGUCUGCAGAGGGCUGCCAGGUUCCUUUCGGCCCCAGAGGUCUCCCAUAUCCAUGCACGUCAAGAUGAUUCCAGACAUUGUUCCAACAAAGGGUUUGAUGUCCAGUUUCACCUCUGAUAAGUCCAACAGCUGGCAAAUUCCCAGAGACAGAACCUCUUCACGGGUCUCAGAGCGUUACUUUGUGCCCGAGGAUUCCUCCACCUCUCACACAGACACAACAAAGACCAAACAGCAGGAUGUGGAACAGGAAGAAGAGUUCUCAGAAGUGGGUUCGUCCCUGUGGAGAGAUGUACUACUUGGAGAGCAGAACCAGAGAAAUCAAACCCCCGACGUCGCCCUGAGAGAAACCGAAUCCCCCGGCAAUUUAUUUGUGCCCGUGAAGAGGAGCAGGGACCUGAGAAGAAAUGCACUACACAAAGAGACUUCGGGGGACAAGAGGCACGUGGGUGUUUUAUCCCCCGUGUCAAAGCCUUCAGGCCUGACGAAGAAGGAACAUCCACCUCCACAGAGCGACACCCUCGUUAGGCUCCAGGCUAAGAACACCAGGCGCCAUCACGAGAGAGGAAGCCACAUAAGCCAAGAGGCAACGCAUCAAUAUAUAGAGCCAUCACAGUGUGGAAGUUACCAGCUAUGAUCACUGAAGCACAGAGUGAAGCAAGUGUUAAAAGACUUCUUAAAAAAACACAUGAAUAAUAAUCCCAACCUCAACAGACUUGAACUAAGAUGGAAUUUAACAGGGUGUUUUUUUUUUACUUGUCAGCAUUCAUUGAGACUUUUUACGUCACAUGUCUUGUUUUAUAUGUAUGUUUCGUUGUAUGUAAGAGUAGCUGCUACCUCAGUGGCAACUAACGGUGAUUCAAGAGUAAAGCAUGUCACUGAUGAGACAUUAUACGUCCCCUUUAAUGUAAUUACAUUUUUAAUAAAACUCUUCAAAAACAAGACAAGAUUU